AUGCCCGUUGACCCGCCCCCCAAGCGUCGCGCCACCGGUUUCCGUCGCGUCCGUGGUUCUAAUGACCUUCAUCCCCGGACAGACGCUCCCAUUGUAGGUCGAAGAAUGGGCGGCGAUGGCGCAUAUCUCUCUCCUCUGCGCCAGCUUACGACCAACAUCCUUGAUACUUAUCGUAUCUGUAACCCUCAAUUCCGAUACGAAUCAACACACAAUCCCCGUCGGGUUCUCACCAAGCCCAGCAAGCCUGCCCAUAAUGAGGGCUACGACAAUGACGACUAUGAUUAUAUCUUGUAUGUCAAUGACUGGCUAGGGACGGAAGAUGGCCACAAGUGCGUAUAUCUCAUCCUCGAUAUUCUCGGUCAGGGCACUUUUGGCCAGGUCGUCAAAUGUCAAAACAUGAAGACCCAUGAAAUCGUCGCCGUCAAGGUUGUUAAAAACAAGCCGGCUUACUUUAAUCAGAGCAUGAUGGAGGUUACCAUCCUCGAACUCUUGAAUAAAAGCUGUGAUCCCGAUGAUCAGCAUCACAUCCUUCGUCUCCGGGACUCUUUCAUCCACCGUAAUCACCUCUGUCUCGUAUUCGAACUCCUGUCCUCCAACCUCUACGAACUUAUCAAGCAGAACCAGUUCCAGGGUCUUAGUACCCAGCUUGUUAAAGUGUUUAUGGCCCAGCUUCUCGAUGCCAUGACCGUCCUCAAGGACGCCCGCCUCAUCCAUUGUGAUCUUAAACCGGAGAAUAUCCUUCUAAAGUCACUGCAAUCACCACAGAUCAAGGUCAUUGAUUUCGGCUCAGCAUGUCAUGAGCGCCAGACUGUAUAUACAUACAUUCAAUCGCGCUUUUACCGCUCGCCAGAGGUCCUCUUGGGCAUGUCUUACACCGCUUCUAUCGACAUGUGGUCUCUCGGAUGCAUUGCUGUUGAACUUUUUCUCGGCCUUCCUCUCUUUCCUGGCACAAGCGAGUAUAACCAGCUUACGCGCAUCGUCGAAAUGCUUGGCAUGCCCCCACUUAGUAUGCUUAAUACGGGAAAGCAGACACAACAGUUCUUCGAUGUGUACGAGGUGUGGAAUCCUCAUCUCAAUGCCAACGAGAAAAAGUACAGACUCAAGACCAUUGAACAAUACUCCCGGGAACACAACACAAACGAGCAACCAGGAAAGCAGUAUUUUAAAGCUACGACGUUACCGGACAUCAUCAAUACUGCACCUAUGCCGUCAAGCAAGUCAGGCGGGAGGGGACAAGAAGUGGAGAAAGAAUUGAAUAAUCGCGCAUCGUUCAUCAAUUUCUGUCAAGGCUUGUUGGAUCUGAAUCCAGUGACACGAUGGACACCUCAACAAGCCAGGCUGCAUCCAUUUAUCACAGGAGAGAAAUACACGAAACCGUUUGUAGUGAGUGCUCUCAUCCUAUGUCUAUGUAACCUUACCAACCAAUCUCAGCCCGAUGGCCUCAACCAAGCACACCAACCAGUCCCAUCGGGUGUGUCGGAUCCGAAACGACCGUAUGGUGGACUGGUACCUUCACAGCCCAAGGGUUCGAGGGCUUAUCAGGAUGCCGCAACAUACAAUCAUCAUUUGGCGCAGCAUCAGGUGUACACGGCGCAGGCGCAGUCCCAAGCUGCAAAUACGUUCCGUAAUCCGUAUAUGAAUCAGCAACAGCCGUCUCAGCCGCCACAGCCUCAGCAAUCCACUACAUCUUAUGCCAAUCAGACGGAACCACCUGCCCCAGGAUUCCCACAGACGCAGCAAUAUUCCACUGCACCUCCUCCAGGCGGACAUCGGUUAUCGCAUCAAAACUCUACGGGUCAGUUGAACAAUAGUAAUAGCGUGCAGUCUUAUACGACAUCUUUGACCUCCUCCUCGUCCGGAGGUCACUUGAACCCGAAUGUCCCUUCGAACGCCUAUUAUCCUGCCCGUGGACGGGCAAAUACCAUUAACCAGAUGGAUUCGGUUCCACCGGCGUUGGCAAGGUUACAGCAUAUGAAUCAAGAUGUCAUCGCCGGUCGGAACGCGCUGACGCCCGUGUUGAAUCGGGACGAUGCCAUGCGGGAAUGGGAAAGAAGGCAACAAGCAGGAGGGAAGCAACCUGCACAGACUUAUCCCCAGCUCGAGUUUUUGCAGCAGCAGGCCGAACUUGCAGCCGCGUCAGGUAUUUCAAGUUGGAAUGCGGGUGGUGCUGUCGCGAAUCGGUACCAACAGCCACCAACGAGCAAGCUUGCUCAUUCGUAUCAUCCAUCGCAACAUGAUGAAGACAACGGGAGCACUAGACGGGAUGCCGUGAUGUCGAAUGUACGGAGCGCUGCGAGAGGAGACGUGUAUGGUGCGGCAGGGGUAAUAUCCAGUCCACCGCAAACAUACACGAGUAGCGGGACGACGUCGGGCAACCGGUACGCCGCUACUUAUCAGCCCUCACAGCAGGGCACGGUAUUCGAUUCGGUGGAUCGGCGGACAGACAUCGGAAAUAUGUUUGUGCCAAUGCAACCAGACCCAUAUGCUGGCGGUGGUGUGAGGCACCCCAGCCAAGCGGUUCCGCCGUCCUUUUAUGGCGCAGGAGUCGUGUCUGCUGGCCAGCCUGGCAGAAAUCCGUUUGGGCAGGGAGAAGCUAAGGAUGUAAGAAGAGGUAAUGGAAUGGACGCUUGGCCCAGAUGA